AUGUCCGACUCCCGCAAUUACCAGCAACGAUCAUCGCUUUCCCUUCCCCCUUUUGAAUUCUCCCUUCGCAAUCGCGAUCAUGACUAUGGGUUUUUGGUGUCGUACCGUCAGCCUCACGGCUUUUAUUGUGACCUCCGUGGUUGCAGGACCCGGCGCGUGCCAAGCGCACCCUUCUCCCCCAGUGUCACCGUCGAGCAAGGGGCUAUCAAGGGGUUUGUGCAAAAUGACACUGAUGUCUUUCUCGGCAUCCCAUUUGCGGAGACUACUGCUGGCGAAAACCGCUGGAAGGCGCCCAAGCCCAUCAACGCGUUUCCCAAUGGUCGCUUUGAAGCCACAAGCUAUGGGCCAUCAUGUGCGCAAGCCAUGUCCGGAAACGCUAUCACAACUCAGAGCGAGGAUUGCCUCAAUAUGAACAUUUGGACACCGCGGGAGGCUCGAGGUCGUCGCCUUCCCGUUUUUGUCUAUAUAUAUGGUGGAGCUAUGGUGACUGGUGGCAGCAGCAAUGCCCAGUGGCAAGGGUUUAACCUGGCCCGUAACGAUGUGAUAUACGUCAAUUUCAAUUACCGUGAAAGCGUCUAUGCCUCGCCCAAUGCGCCAGAGCUGCAGGGAACAUCCCAGAACUUUGGAAUUUUGGACGUCGAAUUGGCCUUGGAGUGGAUUUACAACAACAUUGAGGAAUUUGGUGGUGACAAGUCGCGCAUCGUCCUGGGCGGUCACUCUUCCGGUGGAGUACACGUUGAUCAUUACCUCUGGAACCACCCCAAGACUUUCCUGGCCGGUGCAAUCGAGAUGUCUGCCAAUGCCCAAUCAGGUCCUGCGUAUGCCCCUGCGGGUGUUGCAUUGAAACAGGUCGUUCAGGACAUGAUGGAUGCCGGUGUGGCUCUCGAUUGUACAGCAGAGAACUACACUCUGGACUGUCUGCGCGCCGUCGACACAUAUUCUUUCCAAACAACAUCUUUCAACGCAACCACCAACACGUGGUUCUCGCCUCCAGUGGACGAGAUUACCCGCUUCUCGAAUUACACAGAGCGUUUCGUCAGUGGGCAAUACCCAAAUUCACUGCCGCUGAUUGUCGGCAACUCCGACCAGGAAGGCGAGAUUUUUGGCUACGUUUACGGUAGCGAGAACACGAAUUUCUCUUCUUGGAUUCGCACAUUCGAUGCUGACCUCGCCUUUGUCCCCGAGAAUGAGCUCCUCUCUGCCUACCAUGAAUCUGACUUCUCCUCCGUCUCCCAGAUGAGCGGCGCCUCAUAUGGCGAUGCCCGAUUCCUCUGCGCGACCGAUGCCUUUUUGGACCUGCGUGCUGCCAAGCAACCCACCUGGAUCUAUCGCUGGUUCGGCAAUUACUCGAACGUGCUGCCGAUUCCUAACCUUGGGCCCUCGCAUGGCAGUGAAGUGCCCUUUUUCCAUGGCGGCAAUGAGUGCUUCUCGCUGCUGGACAAUGUCACCAGUGCAGAGCAGCGGUUGGCGGACUAUAUGCUUUCAUGGUUCGUUGCGUGGAUUAAGAAUCCUCACGCUGGACCGGGAUGGGGGCAGGCAGUACCUUUCGACGGACCUCUGGCACGCGUGGGUGUACCCGAUCAUGAGGAAGAUAUCGUGAUCAGCCGAACAGGCGAGUAUAACACCCGCUGCCAGAAUGUGUACCGACCCAAUUACCCUCAUUAUCCCGAGGUCCAAAACCCCGUGUUGCUGGGAGGGGAGGUUUGA